AUGGCAAUUACCGUCGGCAUUGCAGGGAUCACUGGCAAAUUCGCUCGUCUCGUCGUGAAGUAUCUAUGCAAUUCGCCUGAUGUUCAAAUCCGCGGACUGUGUCGCAACGUAUCGAAGCUUCCCGAGAAUUUUCGUCACUCGCCUCGCGUGACCAUUGUCCAAGGUGAAUCUAGCGAUGUUGAAGCCCUGCGUACUUUCGUUCGCGGGUGCGAUGUCGUAAUCUGCUGCUAUCUGGGUGAUAACGAUCUUAUGAUCGAUGGUCAGAAACUGCUUGUCGAUGUUUGUGACCAGGAGGGUGUUGGCCGCUACAUCGCUAGCGACUACUGUCUGGACUUCACGAAGCUGGAAUACGGCCAGCACCCCGCGAAGGAUCCCAUGAAGUACGUCAAGGCACACCUAGACGAAAAGAAGAAUGUUCGAGGUGUCCAUGUCCUGAUCGGGGCUUUUAUGGAAACGUUCUGGAGUGGUUACUUCGGCGUCUGGAACCUGGAUGAGUACAAACUCUCAUUCUAUGGGAACGGCGAUGAGACCUGGGAAUCCACAACCUACGAUACCGCUGCCCAGUAUGUGGCAGCCGUGGCGAAAGAUCCAAGUGCCGUGGGCCUGCAGCACUUCCUCGGUGAUCGGAGAACUAUCCGAGAGAUUGCGGGUGGUUUGGGUGCGGUAUAUGGCAAGAAGCCUCAUCUUGAGCGCUUGGGGUCUCUGGAUGACCUCUAUAGCACCAUGCAGUCAACCUUCAAAAAGGAUCCUUCCAACAUCUUUGCCUACCUUGCCAUGUUUUAUCAGUACUAUUGCACCAAUGGCCAGACCUACUUGAAGGCGGACUUGGACAACUCCAAAUACCCCGAGGUUACUCCAACUACCUUCAAGAAAUUUCUACAGUCUCACAAAUUGGAAGAACUGAGCAACACGUACCAGAAUGCGGGCUCUGAUGCUUAG